UAAUAAUGCAAAGUUGUUCUCACUUCUUCUCCUUUCUAAUAUAUGUAAUUAAAAAACAUAUAAAUGAAGAUGAUAUCAAGAUUUAAUCAUAAACUAAGAAACGAAAAGAGAAAAGAAAUAGUGAAUUCAAUAAUAGAAAAGAUGGCAUUGAAGGAAACGUUUUACAUAUCACAUGGAUCACCAACACUAGCCAUAGAUGAAACAAUUCCUGCAUGGAAAUUCUUGAAGCAAUGGAAGGAGGUUUUUCCUCAUAGACCCUCUGCCAUUCUUGUUAUAUCUGGUCACUGGGACACCUCUGUUCCAACCGUCAACGUUGUACAACACAAUCAAACCAUCUAUGACUUCUCUGGCUUCCCCAGAAGCAUGUACAAGCUCAAGUAUCCUGCACCAGGGGCACCACAGUUGGCAAGGAAGGUGAAGGAACUAAUUGAAGCAUCCGGUUUAAGUCGAGUGGACGAAGAUAAAAAGCGGGGCCUUGACCAUGGAACAUGGGUGCCUCUCAUGUUGAUGUAUCCAGAGGCUGAUAUACCAGUGUGUCAACUUUCUGUUUCAUCACAAAGAGAUGGUACUUACCAUUAUAACUUGGGAAAGGCAUUAGCUCCUCUUAAGGAUGAAGGUGUUCUUAUAGUGGGGUCAGGAAGUGCCACCCAUAACAUGAGAGCAAUUGGACAUCGUGAUAGCCCUCCUCCUGCUUGGGCUCUGGCAUUUGAUUCUUGGUUAAAAAAAUCACUCGUUGAAGGAAGAUAUGAUGACAUAAACCAUUAUGAUGAGAAGGCCCCAUAUGCAAAAGUGGCUCAUCCUUGGCCUGAUCACUUCUUUCCAUUGCAUGUGGCUAUGGGGGCUGCUGGUGAAAACUCGAAGGCCAGAGUUAUCCAUGAGAGUUGGGAUGGUGGUGCUUUUUCUUAUGCCUCUUUUGGUUUCACAUCAGAUUCUAGUUGAUACAUCACAUUGCUUCCACGUUCUGCUGUUUUUUUUAUGUAAUCAAAUAAAAUGUAGUGAUGUUUUAUGAUCUAAAAAGACAUGUAUGUAUGUGCCUGAAUUGUUAUUAAUUUUAACAAAUAUUUCAUAUGUGCC